UAGGGGUGGUCCUGAACCGUUGCGAGGGGAAGGCCUCGGUCUAUCUAUUUAUUUUUUCUUUUCUCGUACCCUCCCACGUAUUUAACGUCGCUCUAAUUGUAUUUUAACUGUAUUGGCGGACAGCUGGAGAUUUUUCUAAGCUGUUUGGUGUCGAGUGAAACACCGGGCGCCCCCCCCCUCGUUUCGUUUGUUGGUCGUAACAUCCGAACGUCCAGCUGAUUGCUUUGAGUGCCGUUCAAUUAUUCCAGUUCAAACUGAGCCGUUUUGUUUCACUUAACAGGAGGUUUUUUCUGCGGCCGGAACGGCUCGAGUUCGCCACCUUUCUUUGACCGACUUGUGGACUUUAAAACGAAGAGGAGAUUUAUCUUUCUUCUUUUUUUUUUUUGUCUAACUUGAGUGUCGGAUCGUUUUUCCUCGCUGAACGACCAGGCCCCGGUCUCAUCCCCAGCCUCGCGUUUCCAUAUCGGUUUUUUUUUUUGUUGGAAGUCAUGGGAGACACCAGUGAACGAAGCAAACCUCCGAGUCUACCUCCCCGGUGUCCCUGUGGAUUUUGGGGGUCCAGUAAAACCAUGAACCUCUGCUCCAAAUGUUUCGCUGACAUCCAGAAGAAGCAGCCAGGGGAGGACUGCACCUCCAAGCCCAUCCAAAGCACUGGGAGUAGCCAAUCACCCGUUUUCAGUAGCGAGACGAGCAGUAGCAGUAGCCAAUCCCUAUUGUCGUCGCCGCCCUCCAGCUCUGAGCAGCCGUCAGCUGAAGAGCCCUCGCCCACAUUUCCCAGCACGAGGGAAGGCGUGUCGUCCACAGAAACAGCCCAAGGAACACUCUGCACACCCACAAAACGUCCACGAGAAUCAGCCUCGGGCUCAGAGAGCGAGGCGACGCCAGAGAAACGGCCUCGGACAGACGAGAAAGAGGGGAGCAGCGAGGAGGCCCGCGGGACGCCCAAGCAGAAGAACCGUCGGCGCUGCUAUCGCUGCCAAACCAAACUAGAGCUGGUGCAGCAGGAACUGGGCUCCUGCCGCUGCGGCUAUGUGUUCUGCAUGCUUCACCGUCUACCCGAGCAGCACGACUGUCUGUUCGACCAUCUGGGCCGCGGGCGCGAGGAGGCCGUCCUCAAGAUGGUGAAGCUGGACCGCAAGGUGGGCCGCUCGUGCCAACGCAUCGGGGAGGAGUGCUCCUGAUUGGCCACACCGUGACCAGCCAUCCAGUUAGAGAUGAGGCGCUUACAAAGAGGAGGAGGAGGAGGUGAUGGAAGGAGAGCAAGGAGGAAUGACAAAUGGGGUGAUGGGUGGGAGGGGGAGGGUGGGAGGGAGGGAAGAAGAGGAAGAGGGGAGGGAGCACGGUCGUAACAUCCUGCAUCUGACCCGACGAUUCUGGAUCUGAGCUUGACGCCGCCCUGUUGCCGUCCUGAUUUCCUGCCUGGAGCGUCUGUUUGGACUCUGGCUCUGGACGAGGCAGCUCGGGGCCAACAGGGGGCCAAGUGGCUGUUCUGCGGAGCCACAUUCAGUAUCGCAUGUUCACACACACAGCCUUAACCCCACCUCCCCCCUGUCUUUAGAGGAAGGAUGCCGCAGAGAUGGAUCCCGUCAGUCGUACAUCAUGCACAGCUCCGCUGUUUCUCACCAUGGUUUCCUCCUCUUUGCUCACGCUCCUUUUUUCAGAACAGGAAGUUAUGGAAGAUGAACUGUAGCGUUCGGCUGAACUGAUCCGUUUGGAUUCUCAUUCAACAGUUAUUGGUUGUUCUUUUUUUUUUUUUCCAUUUCUUGGUCACGGGUGAGGGGUCCAGCUCUAUCCCACGACCAGUCCUCAGGUCGUCAUCAAGGGGUUGGAGUAUCAAACCUGUAACCCCGCCUUCCUCUCUUCUUUUUUUUUUCCUUCCACCAACGUUCAGGUCCAUGCACAGCAUCACCAACCAUGUUGUGCUCGUGUAUGGUACCAGCAACAGUGUAUUUGUGCAGGUGUGAGUGUGUCAUUUGGUCAUGUGAGGCAGUCCAAGGAUGCUGUCAUGGUUUGAGUUUUUUUUUCUUUUCCUUUUCUUUUUCUUUUUUUUUUGUUGUGUGGCCGUCAUGGUGAUUAGCUCGUUUUUACUGCUUAACCACGGUGUCGUGGAGGACAAUACAGCCAAUCCCUGCCUCUGCUCACAUGGACUGUUGACAAAAAGAAAAAAUACAAAUAAAUAUUAAAAAAAAAAAUAAAAAUCACACUAAUGGACAAGAGUAACUCAGAUAAAUCCUCUGUGUAGCAGAUCCUCUUCUCCCUCUUUCCCUCUCCUUUUUCAGUUUACUGAGUGGUACUGUUGUUCUUGAUGCAUAAGGGAGAAUAUGACUGAAUUUUUUGUAUUCAAAUGAAUAGUUCUUCGCCAAAACGCCAUGUGUUCAUUAAGAAAAACAAAUAAUCCAAAGUUCAUCACGGAUUGUUUCUACAGACGAUCAAUCAAGAGUUCUAAACUGAAUACAUAAAUUACUUCCUACCCUUUAAAUUGUUCUAUAAUUUAUUUCUUAUUUUGUGUUUUGUGGGUAGGAUUGGGUGUCUUUCAAAUUUCAGAUCGGGGAUAUCUGUUUGGAACAUAAUCCUUUAAACAUGAAUCGAUUAAAUCGAAGAGAGAUGGGUUCGUCCCACAGUUUAAAUGAGUGAUGUCAUAUUGAUACGCAGCACGAGUGAACGUUGGUGCUACGGCCGAGAAAUUAACCAAAUGCUGGUUGACUUGUAGACAUUAUACACCCAGAAGCAAACAGAAAAACAGUAAUCAGUAAAAUAACACCGGCCAUGUUGGUCAGUUGACUCUUAACUCGCCACUUCAGCAAAGUAACCAACCAUAGUUGGUUCUCUUCUGUUCAAUGUUUCUAUUAAUGAACCUUAUUUAGGUCUAAGACCAGAUGUGCACUGACUUCUGCUGGUCCAUCAUGCAUGUUUUGUUUUUCCCUGUUGGAUCCAGUAGAGGUCGUAGAUCUGUUGACAUCACUGUUGCAGCUCUCAGCUGCGUUUGGCUGCAGAAAUAACAUGUGAAUUCUCAAAUUGAGUGGUUUUUCCCUUUCUUCAUACCUUUUUGUUUCGUCAUCGUUUCCGACUCCGCUCGUAAUCAGCCUUCACAGUCUGACGGCUUGGACUCUGUGCUGUGCAUAUUGUUCAGUUCUCUUCCUUUCCUCUCCUUAAAGGGCUAUUCUACCGAAAUCAACCUUUUUGUUUGUGACUUUGCAGAAGCUGACAUUUUCUCCUUCAAAUUGGAAUUUUUUGUUAGCUUAUUUUGGAUGUGAUUUACAGUGUGGGCGUAUUAAAAGGUAUGAAUUGCAACUUCUUUAAUACAGGUGCGGGACUCCAUUAAAUGCACUUUUCAGAAUUGCAGAAAGUGCAGUUUGUAUAAUUUUUUUUUUAAACAUGAAACAGUAGAUUUCCUUGAAUGGCAGGAAAAUUAGAAAAUGACUUGUUUUUUCUUUUUUUGCAAAAUAACUAUGAAAAUGUUGAUUAAGGUGGACAGCCCUUAUAACCAGACACCACUUAACUAUGCUAAUCCUCAUGCACAAGUUAUUGUUUCUUCUCUCCCUCAUCUCUCACCCCCCUCCCCCUCCCGUCUUCUUCAGUGAGAACACAGCGAAGGAUAAAGGGAGUGUGGAGAAAUGUCAUGGCUGGUUCUUAUUUUGGUAUUUGAAUAUUUGAAAAAAACUUGUUCCUUUUUUGAGUGCUAAUGAGAAAUGGAAGAAAUGGAAUAUCUUUCUGUACCUUUUAAAGAAAAAAUUAUUUAACCUUAUAUCAGUUUGAGUUACUUACACCCUAGCAUAGAGUGGCAUAUUUAGUUAAAUGUAUAAAAAAAAAAAGCAAGAACAUAAUUCUGUCCUAUUUUCUCCUUUAAUUUUAUCGUGUUCCAUUUUCUGCUGAGGAAAAUAAA